AAAGGUCCAAUAUUAAUGAAAGGCUUGAGGAAGCCGAGCAAACGGUUAAACCCUCGGCCAAGUCACCAAUUCUCUUCGCGGUUUCAUCCUCCGUCAGACGCCAACACGCAGCACAUCAUCAGCACCGCAGCACGCCUCUUCAGUCGUCAACUACUCACAUCACUCCCGUCGCUCAGUCGCCUGCUCUCCGCCACUCAACCUUCAGCGGCUCAGUCAAUCGGCGCUUCCCUCAAUUUUCACAUCCAACCAUUCGUAGUCCCGAAAUGGGUGUCCCUGCAAAUAAUAGCGUGUUGGCCAUCUCAGAGACACAAUCUAAUAAACGCAGGAGAAAUAAAUCCAUUGUUUGGGAACAUUUCACACUUGUAGCUAUCAAUGGUGACUGUACAAGAGCAUUCUGUAACCAGUGCAAAAAAUCAUUCGCUUAUGUCACUGGCACGAAAUCAGCAGGCACCAGCCACCUUAAGCGGCACAUUUCCUUGGGUAUCUGCCCUGCCAAUCGUCUGAAUCAAGGUAAAAAUCAAGUGACUCUGUACAAUCCUGCUUCACAAGCUCGUGUCAGUACUACUUUUAGAGCAAGAAAAAACUCCAGAGCAACUCCACCGUCCUUUGAUCAGGACUCAUGCAAUUAUAUGAUUGCUAAAAUGGUAAUUCAGCAUGACUACCCACUUCAAAUUGUAGAAGAUGCUGGGUUUGCUAAAUUUGCACGGACUCUUCAACCGAACUUCAUUUCAAGUGUUGAUGCAGUUGAGAAGCUUGUUAUGAACAUCUAUUCUAGAUGCAAGCAGAACCUUUUGAACCUCCUUGGUGAAAUUCCUGGGCGUCCAAGUCUUACAUUGGAUAUGAGAACUUCAGAUCGGAGUGUGGGAUACUUAUUUAUAACAGGAUAUUUUAUCGAUCACCAUUGGAAAUUUCAUCGACGCCUUCUUAAUGUAAUCACUGUACCUCACCCUGAUUUAGAGUAUUCGUUCAGUCAUGCUGUGUCCACCUGCCUAACUGACUGGUGUUUUGAGAGCAAGCUGUUUACUCUGACCGUUGAUGAGUCCAUUGCAAAUGAAGCUGUCAGGGGUAAUCUAAGGAGUCUUCUGUCCAUCAAGAACCUUAUCCUCGACGGGCAGCUCAUAAUUGGUAGAUGUUUUGCUCGGGUUUUGAGUCAGCUUGCACAGGAUGCCUUAGAGUCUAUGGCACAGAUUGUUGAGAAAGUUCGUCAAAGUGUGAAGUAUGUGAAAACAGAAGAUGUCCAUGAGAAAAAGUUUUUUGAACUGAAAAAGCAGCUCCAAGUUCCAAGCGCGAAGGAACUAGCCAUUGAUGACUAUGCGAAGUGGAACACUACAUAUCAGAUGCUGAUGGCAGCUUCUGAAUUGAAAGAAGUAUUUUAUUGCUUAGACACUUCUGAUCCAGAUUACAAAGUAACCAUAUCGAUGGAUGAAUGGAAGCAGGUUGAAGUUCUGUGCAAAUAUCUGAAAGUUUUUCAUGAUUCUGCCAUCAUUUUAGCUGCCCCAGUGUACCGUAUGUCCAGUACAUUCUUUCGUGAAGUGUGGAUGAUUCAGCGUGAGCUGAUGCGCUCAGCUUCUAGUGACGAUCAUUUCAUUAGCACUUUCACUAAACCAUUGUCAGAGAAGUUUGACAAAUAUUGGAAAGAUUGCAAUCUUGUAUUAGCUGUUGCUGCAGUUAUGGAUCCUCGGUUCAAGAUGAAAUAUGUUGUGUUUAGCUUUGAAAAGAUUUAUAACGACGGAGCAGAUUCUUGGAUCAAAACUGUUGAUGACGGAUUACAUGAACUGUUUCUUGACUACUUUGUGCAAUCACUGCCUCCACCCGUCUUUGUGGAAGAUGCAUUUGAGAAUGGUAUAAAGCCAGAGGCAUACCAAGAAGGAGAAAGUCUUCUUAAUGGAGAUUGCUUUUCAGAUUUUGAUGUGUACGUCAACGAUUUCUCAAAAAGCCAUCAUGAUAUGAAAUCAGAAUUAGAUGAGUAUCUUGAAGAAACUCUUUUGCCUCAAGUUCAAGAGUUUGAUGUUCUAGGUUGGUGGGAAAUGAACAAGGUCAAGUACCCAAUUCUCUCUAAAAUGGCAUCGGAUAUUUUGUGUAUUCCAGUCUCAACUGUUCUUCCAGAUUCCAUCUUUGAUACGGUAAAAAGACACAUUGAUAGGUUUCGGAGCUCAUUGAAACCGUCUACUCUUCAGGCCCUUUUUUGUGCAAAGGAUUGGAUGCAGUUUGAGAGUUCGGAACUGCCAUUAAAAAUCCCAAUCGGAAAUUUGAAAAUUGAGCACUAAUUAGUGUUCUUCUUUCAAAUAAAAGAAGGUUCUUAUUUUUUUGCCAAUUUUGCACAGAAUGUUAUAUAGGUCAGUGCAAUUCUUUUUCUGCUGCUCUUUCGGAUUGUAUUAAAUUUAAAUUUUGAUCAAGGCAAAGGCUGUUCGAGUAAGUUAAUAAUAUUACGUUUAGAUUAACAUGCAUACCUUGUGAUUUUGAGGUUUGGAGUAGUUGACGUUUAGAUCUAAACAAUG